UAUCCACCAUUGUGACUGACCAGCGUAUUGCUGGCGCACUUACUACCAGUAACUACAAAUAUGACUGAAAUUUUAUAGAUAUUUACUCUGUCUGUGGGAAUAUAUUUUACUUGUUUUGCAAGUCAGUAAAUUUUUGUACCAUAUCCAACUAUUGCUGUGAAAUGUUUCGAUUGGUUUGAUUGCUUCUUAUGAACUCGAACUGCUAAGUUUGUGUUGAGAAUUCUGCCUUCGUGAUGAUGAAAGAAACUCAAUCAUAAAGUUUUGCUUGGAGUCGAGAAGUGUGUAUUUAUAAUGUUAGAAACUUUGGCAGCUUGGGUGUUGAGGACAUAUGUUGGAGAAUAUGUGGAAAAUCUUAACACCGAUCAGUUAUCUAUUGGUUAUGGCACUGUUGAACUUGAAAAUCUGCCUUUGAGGAAGACUGCAUUGCAGGGACUGGAGCUUCCUUUGGAAGUUAAAUCAGGGUUUAUUGGUCGGCUGAAACUUUCCAUUCCAUUUCGUCAUCCGAAGUCUGAACCAUGGAUUAUUCACAUCAAUAAACUUUAUGUGAUUGCUGGACCCAUCUCUUCCUAUCAGUUUAGUGAAGAAGAUGAAAGGAAGAAGGAACAGGAAAGAAAGCAAAAACAACUGGACAGUUUGGAGAUGCAGUGGCAGUUUGGUCACUUAAAAGAUAAUGCCACAGAAUCCUGGUGGUCCUCUCUUUACUCCUCACUAUCCACAACCAUCAUGGAGAAUCUUCAGUUGGUUGUAAAUGAUGUUCACAUUCGUUACGAAGACAACAUUCUUGAUCCUGGAAAUCCUUUUGCUGUCGGAAUUACAAUUGAGAAACUUGCGAUGGAAUCUGCAAAUGAGAAAUGGGAACCUGAAUUUUUGGUAUCUGAAAGCAAGACAAAGUUCAAAUUGAUAGAAGUUCAAAAAUUUGCUUUAUACUGGGACUCCGAUGCAAGCCUCGUUGGAGAUUUACCUUCGAAAGAUUUAGACAUUGCUCUUCAUCGUGUUAUUGGCAGGCAACAAGGAUUUCUUGGGAUUUCUCAACAUGAAUACAUUCUGAAUCCAUUGAGUUCCCAAAUAAAACUUCGACGAAACUGUUCAGGUCCCCUUCGUGAGAAAGAUGAGCCAAGAUUUGUUGUCGACAUUCAUGUGGAAGAUAUUUCCAUUUCAUUGGUGAACGUACAAUACCACACUUUGUCCAAUCUUAUAGAGGAAUUUCAGAGACAUUUUCGAAGUCAGAAAUAUCGAAAAUGGCGACCGCUUGUGCCGAAAAAACUCAACUCUAAAGCCUGGUGGCAGUUCGCGGGAACGUGCGUGCUAAACUUCAUUCGAGAAAGGAAUAAACGCCAAACAUGGGCUUAUGCUGUACAAAGAGCGAGAACUAUUGUAAAAUACGUCAAUGUUUACAUGAGACAUUUGACUGAAUCAUAUGAAGAUGCUAUUUCCACUAAAAUACAAAAGGAAAUUGAAGAUGAGUUGUGUUUUGAGGAGUUGAAGUCACUUAGAUUCAUCGCUGUUUCUAUCGUGAGGAAAGAAGAUGAAUUAAGAAAGGCGGCUGAAAUGAAGCACUCGCAAAGUCAAAAGACAGUUCAAUCUGAGGCUAGUUCAGGAUGGCUAUCAGGAUGGUGGGAUUGGUAUGGUACAUCAGAGGAUAGCAGUGCUUCCACGUCCUCGCCAUCCUCCAACUCUUACAGCGAAGCUCCCCAAACUGAAGAAGAAGAAAAAUUUUUGGAAGAGAUUCAAGAAGGCCAAGUCGAUGAUUCCAUCUUUAAACGUGAUAACGUAUUUGCACAUCUCAACUUCCACUUAGACAGUGGACGCUUCAAACUUGUCACGAGUAAGGGUUGCGUCACCCAUGGAGAACUGCUGCCAUUGGUUGAAAUCUUUGCUGACGUUCGAUGGAUGUCGCGAGUCUGUCCUAGAAGCAGUACUUGGCAGAGUAACGUAAGUCUGCAGUCGAUACACGUCAGCGAUAAAAUGAGCGAGGGCAAUGUCUUUAAAUACUUGGUUUCUGGGAAGCCGAAAUUGUGCAAAAAAAGCGAAGAGUCAGUCUUUCGUUUGGAAUUUGAAAAAAUGCCAAAAUCAAAUAAGAUUGGUUAUAGUAUAAAAGUGUCCACGCAACCUUUGGAAAUUGUUUAUAAUCCAACAACAAUUCAAAAGAUUUCAAAUUUCUUCAAAAAGCCGGUGUCUGUGAGAAAAUCAGAUAUUCACGCUAUAGAACAACAAGUACUCGAUGCUGCUUGGGCAAGAUAUGAAGAACUGAAAACGCAGACUAAAAGUGGACUAUAUAGCGCUAUGGAUGACUUGUUGCUGGGUCAAGUAAAGACUCAAGAAAAGAGAUGGAAUAUUGAGCUGUUUAUUGCUGCCCCUCAAAUCAUCAUACCCGAGUCAUUUCGGGAGAAAAAUCCGUCGAUGAUUCUUGUUGAUCUUGGCAACCUCUCUUUCUCGACAAAAUCUGGAGGGGCAAAAAUGUCUCAAAAUGAAAAAAAGAAUGAAGAAAGCAUUUUGGUGGACGAGGACACCGAUGAUUUUGUUACACCACCAUCAACGCCACCAAGCGAAGACGAAACGGAUGCCCUACCGGAAGUGUCGUCAUUUAGUGAUAUAAAAGACAGUUUUACAGAGGAAACAUUAGCGGAUAAGAUAUACGAUAGAUACACCCUAGAAUUGGCGGAUUUGCAGGUUGUUGUAUCAAAGAUUGACGAGCACUUGAAACGGCAAAGGGAGGCAGUUACUUGUGAUGAGUUUAGUAUUGUUGACAAGUUUACGAUUUCACUGCAAUUAGAAAGGCGCUUAGUUUUCACCGCAGAUCCAAAAUGGCCCAGUGUUACUGUGUCCGGAGAUUUACCACGAUUGAAUUUAUAUUUCAGCGAAGUCAAGGUCCACACGAUGUGGAAAUGCUUGGCAAAUCUUUGGAGCUAUGAAAAUGAACCGACAAGCCAAGCGUCAGAAAAUCCUGUAGGAUCACCUUCUAAUAUUCUUCUUGAUGAAAAGUCCACUUCGUUACUUAAUCUCACCGAAACUGAAUACUUUGAAUUGACAAAUGAGGAAGAAUAUGACAAUGUAAAGCCAUCUAUAAGUCGUAGCUCAUCUAAAACGUCGUCAACUACGAGACAGAAACUGGGUCAGUUAUCCGAGGAUUCCUGUCUUGUAGAGGCUCAAUUCUGCAUUAACGAACUUGGCGUUCAAUUAUCCGGACGAGGUCGUGUGAUAGCUGAACUAAACGUUAACGGCGUGAAAGCAAGGCACAGAAAACGGCCAUACGACAUGUCUUUGUCUUUGCUUGUCUAUGAAAUAUCGCUCAUUGAUCGUGUUCAGAUAUAUGGACCAGAGUUCAGCAGGAUAAUAUCGUCUCAUGAUGUUGCUGAAGAAACUAGCCAGUCAAACUACACACCAGUUUAUCAAACAUGCAAUAAAGUUUUGUUAUUGGAGGACACCGAAGGCUCUGCCAAAGAAGAACUAAAUUCGGUGAUAACGUUGGACUACAAUCAAAUCAAUCCCGAGAGUCCUAGCUCAACCAGUGAACAACCAAUGAGAAUUGCGUCGAUUCAAUUUAACACUAUUAAAUUUAUUGCCAAUCAAGAAACAAUCCUGGAGCUAAUGAACUUUGUCAACACUCUUCCUUCUUCAGCUGUUGCCCAGUCUUCUUCAAAUUACCUUCAGCCCAUUGUUGAAAAUGAGUCAGACGAAGAAGAAAAAGAAGUGAACGAGGAUGUUACCUCGUCUGUUGCUAUGGAAAUUACCGUGACAUUUCACCAGCUUCAAGUACAGUUUAUCCGUUGCCACACGAUUGCAUGUCAAAGACUUGGUCGCAAAGUGGCCAAUGUUGAUAUCGUGGAUCUUUGGACUAAGGUGACUCUGGGUGAUCAGCAAAUCAUCGAGGGAUAUCUUGGGGGUCUGCAUGUACUCGACUUGACACCUGAGGACAUACUACAUCGUGAGGUACUUAGUGUUGGCGUUGAUGUCUUGGAGAUGACAAAAUCACGUACGCAAGGCGUGUUUCACGAUUAUGAUUCCGGGGAUGAGGCUAAGAAAGCUUUCAGUUUUACAUUGCUCAAACCAAAGGGAUACGUGGAUGAUACGUACCUCUCGAGCCACGAUGAAAAUUUAUCUAACCGUAUAAGAUUAUCGCUUCAUAUGGCAUCUGCUCACUACACUCAUACGUAUCAUUUUAUUUCUGAACUUUCAUUGUGUAUAAAUGAUUUCAGUAGCCAUGCAAAUGCAAUGGCCACUAGUCGUGCGAAUGCGAUGGCUCAAUCCUUACGGUCAGUGGCUACCUCCAUGGCCAUCAGCUUGGUAACCAAGCAGAAGUCCUUGGCAGACGGAAUCGACUAUUUCUCAUCUUCAUUUUCCCAUGGUGCUUCUGUCGCACCUCUUGAAUCAAGAACUUCUAGUCGGAGACCUAGCGUGGACUCGUGUGAUGAAAUGGCUGAAAAGAAUGUAGAAUCCAUUACUUCUGUUCAGAUCGAGGGUAAGCGUCGUGUUUAUGUGCACGUGACCAUAGAAACCCCGGUCAUUAUAUUGCCGCGUACAUCAAGUAGUCGUGAACGACUUGUGGCACAUCUUGGCAGAAUUGUCGUUUACAAUACUCAUUUAACUGAUUACGGUAAAGAUGUCCAAAAAGAAUGCAGAAAGUCUAAUUCAUUCAGUAAUUUUCCUGUUGACCAGAUGAAAGAGAAUAAUUUAGAAGAUUUGGAUGAGUUCAAUGACGUCGACCGCGUGUAUAUUGACAUCACGGACAUGAGUUUGUAUUCUCUUGGCUUCAAAAACGCUGAUGUAAAUGAUGACGUCAGCGAGCAUAUUUUACAUAAUACUGCUGUAAGGUUGGUAGUGGACCGUUGCUGUAAAACUUUGCGUGACGGAGAAAGAAUGGGAACUAGUAGGAAACCGACCAUUCAUGUAUCAGGCCGAGUUACACAACCUCUUUCAUUGGUGCUUUCCAGUCGUGCGUAUCAGCAGCUGCUCUCAACCAGUGAUAUAUUGUCAGGAAAGACUGAGAGGGAUCUAAAUGUAUCCAAAGGAGCUUCUGUGUCAUCAAGCGUCAUGACUCCACCUUUGAUCUCUCCAAUAUCAUCUUCGUUUGAUCUUCCUGAUCCGAGUGGAGACGUACCGAUGAAUGUGGACCAAUCAAAUUUUCAAUCAUCAUCUGUGUCGUCCGAAGACGAUCGAAUGCCCAUUCGCGCUAGCUUUAACGUUCCCCGAUUGAAUAUAGAGUUGAGAGGAGUUUUAAAGGACGGAGAACAAGGAAUAGUGAAUACUGUCUUUCAAGAUUUUUCCCUUUUUUAUAAAAGCACCGUAAAAUCUGCGACUUUUUUUGAUGUCUCAUUGGGUGGCCUUGUCGUUGAAGAUCUCCUUCAGAUGGAGCACUCCUUAUUUAGAAAUAUGAUGGUUUCCUCAAAUUCCAUCACUACGUCCAAAAGAUCGAAUCUGAUGCGGAGUGAACACAUCUCAAAGUCUUGCCCAGAUAUUUCGGCUGCAUUCAAUGAGUCAACGCUCUCUACAUCACUUCCUAUGGAGUUUAGCACCUCCCCCCGGAGGUAUGGUAUACAGCCGUCUUCCCCUCUGCGACCUAUGUUUCAACACAGACAUAUAAUCGGGAGUCAUGUAAAGGAGUUGUUUCGCAAUCACGAAGAAGAGAAUGAGUUUCUGAACGAUUCUGUUGAAGAGUUUCUCGGCAGUAAGUCCAUAUCUGUAGAAAAUGAAAGCGAAACACUGGUUAGAAUCAAGGUGACUAUGGUGGAUAAGAAUUCUGAUGAAUACAUCACCAAAUAUAACAAGACUGAUCGAUUUGUCGAGGUCGACUUCAAUUCCUUGGAUACAACUGUGAAUCUUCAGACGUGGGUUGUUUUUCUCGAGUUUUUUGGCAUAGGCAAGGCUCCCGAAGAAAUGGUAACAUCGCAACAGCAAGAAACUGUUAACGUGGAGGAUCAUGGGAACGAUAAUACGUCACAUCCUGAUGAAAGGAACACGACUGGACAAUUUGUCAAUUCCGAAUUCAAAGUUCGAGUAUCUUCCCUGUCGCUUACUUUGAACAAAGUAAAAUAUCCACUUGCAAAAAUCAAGAUUUCUGGUCUCUCAACCAUGGUAGACAUGAGAGAGAACAACAUGAGUCUCAAAGGAAAGCUUAUGGCGAUUAAUCUUAUUGAUUUGACGCCUCAUGGAAACAUGUACAGAGAAAAAUUCACAACAUGCGGGGAAGAGGCUCUUGUCUUUGACUUUUUCAGAUAUGGCGAUCCUGACCCGGAACUACAUCAUGAGUAUGACAUGAGUAUGAAGCUGCGUAUGUCCGCUGUCCAGUAUGUUCACACGAAACGAUUCCAGUCUGAGCUCAUGGCAUUUAUCAAUCAUUUUUCGCAGCUACAGGAAUCUUUAAGGAGAAUGAGAAUAGUUGAAGCUGGCAACCAGGUAUCAGAAGCUUCUACUCGUGGUUCGAGAAUGUUUCUGGAUAUAAAUGCCGGCACACCUCUGAUAAUCUUCCCAAGGGCAUCAAAUUCUCAGGAUUUACUUGUCGCAAAUCUUGGUCACAUGACAUUGAGCAACGAAUUUCUAUUCUCCGGCGAUGAGGGAACUAUUCUCCGGGGUGUCUGUUCCGUCGAGGAGGAUGACGAGUUGGAAAUCAUCAGUGAAACGAGUUGCACUUCUAAACAAAUCCCACUUGGCGAACGUUGUCUUCUGGAUCACAUGAAAAUGGAGAUGGUUGACAUUGAUCUAUUUUCUGCCGUUUCUUUCACAAGCAAAGGUGGAGAGUUGUUCUCCUAUCGAAGACAGGGAAACAAACUUUUCAAGGAAACGUGCAAGCUAGAUUUGAAAAUUGAGAGAAACUUGGAUUUUGCUCGAAGUAGAGAGGUUCCAGACAUGAGUGUGUGGGGAACUCUCUCGUCCAUGCAGUUGAAUCUUGACUAUUCUCAGUAUGGACUCAUUCUUGGAUUUCUUAAUGAAAAUCUUGGUGAACAUCUAGAGGUUUUUGAAAGACCGUCUUCAUUUGUUGCAGAUCCUUUAGGCGAACAAACGCCAACAGAUUGCAAUCUAUGGACAACGUUAAAAAUGGUGAUUGAACUUAAGAAUGUUCAAGUUGAACUUCUUCCUUCAACAUCUCUUCACGACAACAAGAACUUCAUCGACCAAAAUUGUCAUUCAUUGGCGAAAAUAAACUUUAUAAAAUCGAAGUUUGUUUUCGAAGGUUUCUCAGAUUGGUCCAAAACUAUGGACUUGGUGUCUCAAGACGUUCUACUCAAUGAUACAAGAUUUGAAGGAUCGAGUGAUCGUUGCUUUAAGGAGGUGCUUCGACCAGGAAAACCUUUGCCCUCGGCUUAUCAUCAUUAUGGGAGCCCUGGAAAUACCUUGAUGUUUGAGAUUCAUUAUCGUGACAGUGUGAACAAAACGACCAUAACAUUCAUAGUCAAUAACAGUCGAAUCACGCUGCUCCUUGAUGCCAUGCUUGAUAUCUAUAAUUUCAUUAUGAGCAACUGGAAUAAGCCUUGUCAAGACCAAGACGAUUCUGGGCAGUCACAAACUUCACCGUCCAAUCAAAGAUCUUCUCAACCAGAAGGAAAUGCUAACGGCAAUAAAGAACAACCAGAAAAGCAGCAGAAGUCCUUUGAAAUGAAAGUUAAUGUUUCGGGUUCAGAAUUUGUCGCACUUCAAAAUGUGAAUGUUGAAGAUACAGAUGCCGUCAUACUUCGUAUGACUGCAGUUCUUGCCUGGCGUCCUCACUACAAAACUCAAAAACCAUUAUCGUGCAGCGUUCAAAGUUUGGAAAUUUUCUCCUGUAAUUUAUCAUGCGAAGAUGAUUCUGCUUUGUCCAUCAUUGAUCCGAUGGCUGGCCUUAUUGAGCUGAAUGCCGCUGAACGCCGUCACAAGAGGAAGGCUCAAGGUUUGCUUGACGCUACACUCGAGUCUUUACCAAGUCUCGAAAUCACUGUAAACACGUUGAACAUACGCAUUUCAUACAACGACUACAAGCUGUUUCACAGAAUAGCCAAUUCUCCCAAUCAACUCUCGACAGCCAUGAAAGAAGGGAAUGGGUCGAGUGAGAGGAUCACGGAAUUUGAAAAAAUGUCUCUCAAACGUUUAAAGGAUCUUGGUUUUAACGAGAGCGAUUGUAUUAGUGCGUUGAAUAUGAAACGUGGCGAUGUUGAGUUAGCUGCAUCUUGGCUUCUCGUGAAUGCAAAACCUAUUGAUCCUACUAAGAUGUCCACCGGAAGUGAAAAUAAGAGUAGACUAUCAGGAUUUGAGAUUCGUGCCAGUUCUCUUUGUGUAUGUUUGAUCGAUGAUUGCGGUGACAACGAUGUUCCACUUUUUGAGUUACUCGUACAAAAUCUAUAUUUUUGGAAUGAGAUUAGCGGCACUAGUGACAGUUCGGCUCAGUGUUCAGUUAUAGCUGACUACUACAACCGCGCCGUCUCGGGUUGGGAACCGCUUAUUGAGCCGUGGAAGUGUCAAAUUCAUUGGCAGAAGCAAAGAAAGUCUUUUACAACGCCGGAUAAUUUGUUGGUGAAAAUUGAUGCUGCUGAUCGCUUGGACUUGAACAUUACUAGCUCUCUUAUCUCGAUGAUUCAAAAUACUUUAAAGAACUGGUCUGAAGAUUACUAUGGCUCAGACAUCUUCGAUAUGAACUCCAGCAGUAAAUCCAGUUCGGUCCAUCACGAUCGUGAUACGUUGUCGAGCUCGGCCGAGUCCCUCGCAGCAGCUCCUUUCAGGAAGCGAGCGCCUUUUAUACCAUUCUUACUUCGUAAUGAGACAGGUUGUUUGUUGCACUUUGCAACGGUAACGUCUUCACCUUCAAAGGUUGUUAUGACAACCACUGGUUUGGUAUUUUCCGGACGUCUGAACGACUCAAACUUCAGUGAUUCGUCCAAAAAACUAUCCGAAUCGGAAAUUGCUACCGGGGAAGAGGCCCCCUUCGAGUUUAAGCAAUCCAGAGAGAAGCAACGACACAAGGAAACACACGAACUAAAGGUUCACCAGCUUGUUGUGCAUUUGGAAGGCUGGGAACAAGCAUCUCCAGUCUCUGUAGAUAAAGUUGGCGCGUUCUUUCGAAAACUCAUGCCAAUGGUAGAAAGCCUAGAUCCUGCGAGAGUCGUAUUUGACAUCAAACUUGAGAGAGGCGUGCAGAAAGUCGUCACUGUUAAGUCUGCGUUAGUUCUAAAGAACAAGACGGACACAACGCUUAAUGUGAAGUUGGAAUUACCAAAAGGAGAAAUGAAUCUUCCUUCUUUGGCACCGCAAUCUGACUUUGCAAUACCGCUGUCCUAUGUACAGUCUCCCAUCUUCGUUCGCCCAGAUGACAAAAUGACGUCGUUUUCCACCAAUCAUCUUAAGUGGAAGGAUCUCAAAGAAAACUUUGAAGAAACUGGUUAUUUUAUUCAUUGUCCAGCCUCAUCUACCACAAACGGCAAAAGCUACAGAUUUUGUGUUUCCGUGCAAAGAGAUGGUUUCCCUUUUGAAAAUACUCCUGUUGAAAAGGGCAGCUAUGAUUUUGUCCAACCUGCACACACCCUCACAAUCCUACCUCCAAUCGUGCUGGUCAAUCUACUUCCUAUUGAUCUUUCCUACUGCAUUCGUGCUUACGCUAUAAGAGGAAACAUCAAACCUGGACAUUUUUCACCUGUGUACAAGGUGGACGGAUCUUCUUCGCUCUCAUUCACAUUUUCCUUGGAAAAUUUCCCACACAGUGAGGUUUUGGAAAUCCCCGAAUUAACAAGAGAUACAGAUUCAAUGAUACGUCAUGUAGUUUUGAAGGAUACGGAGAAUAGAAGACUGAAGCUGAACGCCAAAAUUGAACUUCGUCCUGGACUGUCUGUGAAGAUAUCUGUCUUUGCCUCGUUUUGGUUGGUUAAUGACACAGGUAUCCCAUUGAUAUUUAAACAAGAAGUUUCAAUUGAAAUGGCUGGACAGUAUGAAGAACAUGAGAUGGCUAGAAGUCUUGCUCCAUUAUUGUUUUCGUUCAGUGAAGGCGAUGGGUCGUUUAGAUGUCAAAUGAGAAUUGGAAAAGGGCAACAUAAUGAUGUAGGAAAGCCAGUCUGGUGUACGCCUUUUUCACUCGAACAUCCACGCGAGUUUGCGCGUAUUCACACAAGACAGCCCGAUCGUAGGCCUGACAUGGUUUAUGAUGUUGGGGUCGAUGUGAGAUUUGGUGAAGGUCGUUUUCACGAUACGAGAAUUGUAACGUUUGCCCCUCGCUAUCAGUUUGAAAAUCGCAGUUCUCAUAACUUGGCGUUUCAACAAAGACAUUUCGUUCGUGAACAAGCAACGAAUAAUCCUAAAGGAACCCUUACGUCCCCUCCCGGAGCUCAAGUGGUCUGGCAUUGGGAGAGAACUGAUCUCGAUCAAUUGCUAUGUAUUAGACUGAAUGACAUUCCUGACUGCCGAUGGUCUGGAGGAUUUAGGAUUGACCGCGAUGAUUCAUCUCAUAUUAGUAUGAGAUGUUUAAAUGGUUCGUUACUUUUCAUUCGAGCUGAAAUGAUGUUAAAAGGAGCAGUAUUUCACAUCGUGUUCACAGAUGCUCACGAAUUACCCCCUCCUUAUCGCAUUGACAACAUGUCUGAGGUUCCCAUUCUAUUUUAUCAAAGCAGAACUGAGGAUUACCAGAGAGGUCUUCUACAGCCAAAACAAUCUGUGCCAUAUGCUUGGGAUGAGCCCACUCUGAAAGGAGAGCUGACCUGCGGUAUUGUCAACGACGGUUCUUUCAUUCAUUUUUCAUUGGACAAACUUGGAGAGAAAGACAAACUUUAUUACUAUAAUGCCAUAUACAUUGCUUUUACUCAUACAUUAAACAAGUCAGAUGGCUCCACGACAGGUUCAUUUCAGAUGAAGCCUCUGAACUCAGCAGACACAAAUGAACUUGUCUUAGACGUGCCGCAGGGAAAGGCUGUGAUUCUUAAUAAAAAGGAGCCGUACAAGAGAACUCAACUUUGGAGAAUGACUUCAUCUGGAAUAUUAUUCAAUGAGGGCUCAUCGCCAUCGUAUGAUCCUCUGAAACCUUCGUCGUCAAGUGCUGGUUUUGUGUUAGAUGUUGAUCAAGCUAAUCCCAUUUCGUUUGUACGAAGCCAGAAGAAUUUACUCUUGGUUGUAAAUAAAUUGAGUCCACAAAGGAAAGCUUUUCAAACAUGGUCAUUUACUGAGGAUGGUCGGAUGAAAAAUAAAAUCGAAGAUUACUUUGUGAGUUGCAAGCCUGGUUUGGGCUUGUUUCAAGGUGUUGAUGCACUGCUGUGUCACUCUCCAAAGUCAUCAAAUGUGAUGCUUAAAGAACAACAGAUCAUGGUGGAAAAACUAAGACCAGGCUCCGGCAUGCUUUUAGUCAAAGUUCUUGCUGACGGCCCGACCAGGGUUGUUCGAAUUUCUGAUGUCAAAAACGAGGGAGUCGAUGUACCACUCAAUAAAGAUUGGAUGUUUGUUGAUCGGCGAGGAGGCCUGAGGCAGACGGUGGUGACAUCAGACAUUUCCAAUAAUCCUGCCAACGAAACAAUCGAAAUUCAAAUGCGUCUAGCCGGUGGAAUAGGGAUAUCCUUGAUCAAUGGGGUCCCAGAGGAACUUGUGUUUGCUACAUUUAAUCCAAUAGAGAUGGACUUUGUGAAUAGUAGAUUAUUGCGUUCGUUUGAUCUCAAGAUUGGAAAUGUUCAGAUUGACGACCAGCUUCAUCUUACUCAAUAUCCUGUCAUGCUUUUCGUCACCCCAUCAUCGAGAGAAGAAUCGUCAAGCGAUGCGUCUGCUGUACGUAUCUCUGCGACCAACGAACCGACUAGCCUAAAGAACUGUGAAAUAUUCAAGAAUCUUUAUGUAUGUUUACGUAAGUUGACGCUUCAAGUCGACGAGAAGUUAUUUUUCAAACUACUGCAGUUUUUUGGUUGGGUUUACAAUGAGGAUGACGUCACACUCAGUCAGGACUCUGAAAAUCUUGGAAUUGAAGCUCACAGAACAUCUUCGUCUGUGUCAUCCUCCAGUCUUAAACGAUAUUAUUUUGAAAAAUUUCUCUUCGACGCCGUACAACUCAGAGUGUCUGUGGCCACCGUUACGCGAUUGCCCGAGGACUUAAAACUUAUUAAAUCAUCAUUGAGACUUAUUUUGGUCCGUUUGCAAGGAGCUGUCGUUGAUUUAGAGUCAUUUUCAAGAAGUCAUGCCUUUGAUACAAGGACGGCACUGCUUGAUGCCCUUUCCAAACAUUAUUCUGAGGAAUUAAGAGGUCAGGCUCCAUUCAUACUCGCUUCUGUCGACUUUCUUGGUAACCCUAUGGGACUUUUUAAUGACGUGUCAAGUGGCCUUGAGGGACUAGUUAGACGGGGUAAUGUUGGUGGACUAUUCAGGAAUCUUGCCCAUGGUCUGUCGGAUUCAGCUGCAAAGCUUACUGGCUCCCUCUCGGACGGUCUGUGGUCGGCCAGCUCUGACUCCAAGUCGUUAGAAAGUCGAGAAGCGAUGAAAGCCGAACGUCAAGGUCAGAGCAGUGGAGAUCAUCUUGUGGCUGGGUUCAAAGGAUUGGGCAUGGGUCUUGUGGGUGGUUUUACCAGUAUCGUCACUCAACCGAUUGAAGGAGCCAAUGAGAAGGGUGUCCCUGGCUUUUUUCAAGGUAUUGGUAAGGGAAUUGGGACGUUUGCCAAGCCAACUGCUGGUGUCCUUGAUCUAGCCUCUGGUGUCUCGGCUGCAGUACGUGGCUCAGCUACGAGAAGUUCUCGUCUUUACCAACCUAAGCGUGUUCGCUCCAUAAGGAACUGCUUCGGUCCAGGUGGAGCCAUUCCAAGAUAUUCAAAAACAAAUGCUGAAGGACAAUCGAUAGUGUUGAAAUUGAAUGAAAACAACAUGGAUGAAAAGUUUAUCACAUCAGAGUCUGUGCGCACUGAUAUCGAUGGCAGAGUAAAAGUGCUUCUCACGAACGAGAAAGUUUAUUUUGUUAAAACAAGUGGUGUGCCAUCUCCUGAAUCUAUCCUUGUUUGCUUGAAGUUUGAUGACGUCAUAGAUUGUCGUCAUUUGAAAAACGACACGACUGAUUACGUCGAGUUAACGAGAAAAAAUUCCGAACCACCUGUCAGAGUUCGCUGCGAAGCGGCCUCGGCUCAAAAGCUUGUUCAAAAGAUCAACUACGCCAAGAGUCUUUUUCAUGAGGUGAAACACAAGGUGAUCGUGAAGUCAAAGUCAAGUGUCACGUGAUAGGCAGGUGGAUUCUUUCUUUAACUGCAUGAUCGUGAUUUCAAAGUCAAGUGUCACGUGAUAGGCAGGUGGAUUCUUUCUUUAACUGCAUAAAUGGUAUCAUGAUAAUGAAAAAGGAAAAGUCAAUCUUAGAAACCAGUUUGUGUGCAGUGGCUUGAGCAGCACUAUGAAGCCACGACAUCCUGACGGUUGAAAAGGAUCUGUUUGAACAAAAUAGAAUAUUUAUAUAUAUUAUAUCAUGAAGAUUACCGUUUCUUUAUGAUAAGUUUUUCAUUGUAAUUUGUACAAAUUUAUAAAUUUCUACAUAAACCAAUGACAAUAUUUAAGUUGAACAAUGCCAAAAAGUUCAACACUGCUAAGGUAUUUUGAUUAUAACAUAUUUUCUUCUGUAAAUUUGUGUAGUUCAUUGUCAAUAUUCAGAACACGAUCUUCACAAUGAUAUCAAUCUUAUAUAACA